AUGAAGAGAGAACAACAGGAAUGGGAGAGACAGAAACAAGAGGAAAGAAGAAGAGAAGAAGAGGAAAAAGAAAAACACAAAUCUAUUGAACUUUAUGAGAGAAAACCAAGUCCAGAGGAUGAUGAUUCGGGAUGUCUGAGGAUCUUUCUGAUUGGGAGGACAGGAGAUGGAAAGAGUGCAACAGGAAACACUAUUCUAGGAAGGAAUGAGUUUCUGAGCCAAUCUAGCCCAGAUUCUGUGACGAAUGAUUUUCAGAAGGGCGUUGGUGAAGUUAAUGGUAGAAAAGUAGCUGUUGUUGAUACUCCAGGACUCUUUGACCCAACACUGUUAAAUGAACAAGUGCAGGAAUGUGUUUCACUGUCAGCACCUGGACCUCACGUCUUCAUCAUUGUGGUGAGAGUAAAUACCAAAGAGAAGAUCCCCACUAUCGAUCUGAUAAAGAAGAUGUUUGGUCCAAAGGCAGCACAGUUCUGCAUUGUUCUCUUCACUAGAGGAGAUGAACUUAAAGAUGAAUCUAUAGAAGAUUAUGUGAAGAGAAGCAACUCUGCAGAACUCAAGAAACUGAUCUCAGACUGUGGAAACAGAUUCUUGGCUUUUAAUAAUGAAGAAAAGGAAGAUUGCACUCAAAUUACUCAGCUAUUAAAUAUGAUAGAAGAGGUUAAAGAAUCUAAUCAGGACCGAUUCUUCACUAAUGAGAUGUUUGAGUAG